CGCAGCCAAGUCUUCCAUUAUAGUUGGUCCGGCAACUCCUCAACGCUCGAGCCGUGGGCGCCAGCUCAGUUGCAUGCCAUGUGUAUGUCGUGCGGCUAAUGUGGUGUCCCGCUUAACGUGGGAUGGCUGAGCUGUCAUUUCUGUCCACCGACGUAGAUAAUGAUCCCGAAAAUACGGAAGAUGACAGCCUUUAUACUGGCGAUGCGAUCGAAACUGUCAACCAAUCUGGAAGUUCAAAAAAGACGCUGAUUAAUACUUUCGAUAACAUAACAGAAUACCGUGAAAAAACGGUGGAAAUAUGCCAAAAUACUGUGAAUCCGCACAACCGUGUGAACGCUGAAAAUUUUAACAUCCAGAGAGUAAUUGGUAAAGGGGGAUAUGGGAAGGUAUUCUUAGUGCAGAAAGUAGAUGGUGUGGAUCAGGGAAAGUUAUAUGCAAUGAAAGUUCUCAAGAAGGCUCGCUUAGUUUGCAACGAGAAGGAUAAAGCCCACACAGUCUCCGAGAGAAACAUCUUACAAAUGCUGCGUCACCCGUUUCUAGUCAAAUUACACUAUGCGUUUCAAAAUCAUUCUAAUCUGUACAUUGUUUUGGAAUACUGUCCAGGUGGUGAACUUUUCAACUACUUGGAGCGUGAAGGAGCUUUAUUGGAAAAUGCCGCAUGUUUUUAUGCUUCUGAAAUCAUCUUGGCCAUCGGUCAUUUGCACUCCCUGGGGAUUAUUUAUCGGGAUCUUAAGUCAGAAAACGUGCUGCUAGACCGGCAAGGUCAUGUCAAACUUACAGACUUCGGUCUCUCUAAAGAAGGUUUUUGCACCACGAACACCUUUUGCGGAACAAUUGAAUACAUGGCUCCCGAGAUUAUCAAGUGUGAAGGUCAUGGAAAGGCAGUAGACUGGUGGAGCCUCGGAACUCUCCUGUUUGACAUGCUUUCAGGUGGUCCACCAUUUAGCCAGGAGGAGAGUAGAGAGGCCACAACCCACAAGAUUCUAACCGCUGCUGUCAAGUUUCCACCUUCGUUCUCACCUGAGGUUACCAGCCUUAUUCGUGGUUUGUUGAAACGCGAUCCCAAAGAACGGCUUGGUAGCAAAGAAGAUGUAGAAGAAAUCAAACGACACAAAUUCUUCCGAUGCCACGAUAUCAGCUGGUCGGACGUGUAUCACCGCCGCCUUCGGCCUCCCUUCCGACCCAAGCUGGCGGCGGACAAUGACGUAUCCAUGUUUGAUCCCACGUUUACACGUCUGCAGCCGGUUGUCAGUCCUUCCGACAGCGGACGACCAAUACCACCAGAUAUGUUUCAAGGCUUUUCUUAUGUGGCCCCCAGUGUAUGUGAGGACAGUAUGCGGGAUUCCUUGCCAGAUAGCCAAUCGAGCUCUCGGCGGCGACAGUUUGGGAACCGCGGAGCCCCCUCCACUGGACGUUUGCGCCGUCUAGACGGUGCGCCUGCCCAUUGGGCAGGAAGGCCUGAUGGACCUCCGGUCGCCGUAGCGCAAGAUAUUCAUUCGCGUCUACCGAAAUUUCAGCAACUUGCACUUCACGCUUCCGCAACUACCGACACUCUUAAUGAAAGGGUGCUGAAUAUAGUAGAUCCUGCCUGUGAACAUCGCACCGCUCAACCCAUAAUCCCCCACGACGCGUUCGCCCUCGUCAGCUCCACUGUAUCUCAUGUGGCAUGCUCUUCUCGUGAAGGAUGUGGAGUGGUGAACGGCACAAAAACAAGUGCUCAGUUGAGUAAGCAGUUUACGAUUGCUUCUCAUGAAGCAGAUGAUAUUGUAGUUGAUCCUGAUGGCGAUGUCAAACCGACUGAGAACGAGGAAGAAGAGGAGGAGGAGGAGGAGGAAAAUGUCCCGGGCGCGAAGCAGAUCCAAAGUACUCAGCCCUCUGGACCCGCUUAUCUUGCUCGCUCGCCUUUCAUAGAAAGUCAGCCAACAUCAGACUACUUCCACCACUUUUUGACUUCUAAAGCUAGUUGUGGAAACUUGCUGACUGCUACUUCCAACCAAAACCGCGUAUUGACAGGCUCUCGCUCCAGCACGCAGCUUCGCUCCAAUUACAUUCCAAGCACUACCUCAUUCGUCCAUCGAAAAGUUGUCACAUCCACUCAUCCAUCACAGGCACAUACAGUCAACCAUGCUUCGUAUUUGUCAAGUGUUAAAUCCUCAGGCCCGAGAGACCGUCGAACAGCUCAUGCUGUUCCUCCCACUUCAACAACUGCGGCGCUCACAACCAAUGCAUUUGGUCCUGAUCAGCCAAAUGUGACUUCGAAUUCCAAGUGUUCUACCAUGUAACAGCUUGCUUCGCGUUCUUGCUCAAUUUUGAACUCGGUGUGCUCUGAACUCGUUCUGCGUUCAGUUUCCGCAUUCUAUGCAUAUUUUUGUCUCUAUGUUAACAGUCUUUCUCGUUCGCCGAAGCAUGAACCCGUGAUUGCGUCAUUCCAAAUGCUCUGUCCUUGACUUUUUGGGCCCUUUGGUAUCCACUUCAUUCGCCUGCGAAAAAUCAUAGAAAUUCUGUCCUUUUCUUAUCUGUGCCCUUCUUCUAAGGCCGCGAUGUGUAUGGCUCUGGAUUGACCCGUUCAUCACGUUUUCUUCUACUCAACCACUUGUAACUAGUGAUGCAUCUGCAGACAGCUUUUUGGAUGGGUGCUCUUUUCCUGAUCCAUGUUCUCAUUAGCCUUCCUCCGAACCCGUCCGGAGCAACACAGUUUAUCAAGUGUGUCUUCACUACCAAGCGCUUUCGUCCUUUUUCUGAUGAUCAGAUGCAAUUCCCUUUGGACAUAAACGGCUUAGCAUACCAUUUUCUUCCCACCAAGCAUCACCGUAUCUGAUGCUUCGGUCUCCCUAGACUUUUUGCAUUCUUUUCUCUGUGGAGCCCGUCCAGCUGGCCCCUCUGUUGUCUCCUUAGCACGCACGUGUUUUUUUAACAGACUGCAUUCACCCUUUAGAUGUCUGUUGCGCGCGCACAGACCUGUUCACCCCUUCACGUGCCUACGACUGGUGACAAUGUACUUAUUUUGUUUGAUUCUCCAUUCAGCUCUACAAAUGGACCACAUCCACCUCACAGUCUUCACUUGUGCGGCAAGUUGCUCAACUAGCGUUGCCUAGAAAUAUUUCAUUACAAUUUAGAAUGUUUCACUUCGUCCAUUUUUAUUUCAUACCUGGAACGCCAACGUUUUCACAAACUCGUUACAUGGUUUACUUCGUCCCAACUAAGCUGUCAGGCAACUUC